UUUUUUUUUUGUUUCUUUCUCUCUUUGGUUUAUACAAACAAAAUCUCAAUUAAAAGCAUGAGCUUUUCUGAUCAAGAUAAUGACUUUCUUGACCAAACUUCUUUAGAUGAAUACCAAGAAUCUGAAGUUUUGGAUACAAUGUUUGCACAAGAACCUUUCCGUUCUUAUCAUCAGGUUGACUAUUCAGUGAAAACAGUGGAUGAACUAGCAAAGAUGCAAACAAUAGCAAUUAAUCAUGUAUCAAGUUUAAUUGAGUUAAACAAGGAUGAUACACUUUUAUUAUUAGGCUAUUUUAAAUGGAAUAAAGAAAAACUGGUCGAAAGCUACCUGACUUCUUCGGAGAAAACGCUACAUGAGGCUGGUAUAUCCCUUUCCAAGACAAACAUUGAAAACGAUACUUCCAUAUGUGACAUCUGUUUUGAUCAAGAUUCGGUUAGCCAUAAGAUGAGUAUAGCUUGUGGUCAUCUAUUUUGCCAGACAUGCUAUGCAUAUUAUGUAAAUGAAAAGAUAAAAUCAAGCUUAAGCCCAUUUGUCGCAUGUCCUCAAGAUGGUUGUCAAUUAUUUGUUCGUGAGACAGUUUUAAAGUCUUUAUUAAAUUCAGCCAUGAAAAUAAGAUACCAACAUCUGUUGACUCAAAAGUUUGUGGAUAACAACCCAUUCUUAAAAUGGUGUCCUGCACCCGAAUGUGAAUUUGCCAUUGAAUGUCAUGUAUCUUCCAGGAAUCUGGAUUUCAUUGUCCCCACUGUGCGUUGUCGAUGUGGAUACCUUGUGUGCUUUGGUUGUGGACUAGAAGGUCAUCAGCCUACGCUAUGCGCAUUGGUCAAGAAAUGGUUAUUGAAAUGUAAAGAAGAUACCGAGACUGCUAAAUGGAUCUCUGAUAACACAAAAGAGUGCGGCCAAUGCUUCGCAACUAUUGAAAAAAAUGGAGGUUGUAACCAUAUGACAUGUAAAAAGUGUCAGUAUCAGUUUUGCUGGUUAUGUUUGAAGAACUGGUCUAGUCAUCAAAACUCAUACCAGUGUAAUCGUUUUGCAGGAGAGCAAAACAAAGUCCAUUCAGAAUCAAAAAGUAGUAUUGAACGCUAUCUACAUUAUUUUACGCGUUAUACAAAUCAUGAAGAAUCAGCAAAAUUACAGCGCGUUUUAUAUGCCAAAACAGAGAAAAUCAUGGUUCAAAUGCAACAAACAAAUGAUCUGUCCUGGAUUGAAGUCCAGUUUCUUAAGCGUGCAGUAGAUAUUGCCUUUGAAAGUCGAUCGACUUUAAAAUGGACUUAUGCAUUUGCUUUUUAUUUACAAAAAUCAAACGAAACCACACUGUUUGAAGACAAUCAACGCGAUCUUGAAAUGGCCACUGAACAAUUAUCUGAAUUACUGGAAAACCCUUUACAGAAAUCAGACAUUGCUUCAUUACGUCAAAACGUACUUGAUAAAUCUGUCUAUGUCACUCAAAGACAACAAACUCUGUUGAGUGAUACUGCAAAGGGUUUACAAGAAGGUAGAUGGCUUUUCAAUGUGGACAUUUACUCUUAAGAAACAUAUUAAAAAUUUUGUUCUGAGAAUCCUUUAUAGCUCGGGUGUUGAUGAAUUAUAUGGAAUUUCAGGAUGAUUUCUUUAUCAACUGCAUAACUAUCAAACAAAGCAUGAUUUAUAUUCCAUCAUUUUGUCUAUACAACAUAUUUCUUUUGUCAUUAUAUAUAUAUUUUUUUUAGAAACUAUCUGACCAACGAUCUGUAUUAUGUCUUUUUUUCUCUUUUCCUAUGCAUGCAUGAGAAUAAUGCAAUUCAAUGUAACCGAAUAUUCAAACAAUAAACCGGAAUAUGACAUUAUUACUAUUCCGACUAUAGUAUCAAAUACGUACAUAAUUUGUGUGUGUAUGCAUCUAGAAUUACGGAAAGCAAGUCGGCCA